GAGGGUGUCCCUUCACUGUGGCCCACCCAAUGGUUAGAGACGACUGCGUGAGUCGCUAUGGUGAUGGUAUUCAGCUUGAGUGUGUGAUGGGUUGACAGGUGUGUGGCAGUCACUUGGCUCCGCAAGCAUGUACUCCAAGAGCAGGAGUAUGCGCGUGCCUUCGGACAGUCAAGCCAGAGAAAAGCUAGCCCUGUAUGUUUAUGAAUACUUGCUACACAUCGGAGCUCAGAAAUCAGCACAAACCUUCCUCUCCGAGAUCCGAUGGGAGAAGAACAUCACACUCGGAGAGCCUCCAGGGUUCCUCCACUCCUGGUGGUGCGUGUUCUGGGAUCUGUACUGUGCUGCGCCGGAGAGAAGGGAGACCUGUGAGCACUCGAGCGAGGCCAAGGCAUUCCAUGACUACAGUACAACAGCAGUACCCAGCCCUGCAAGUGGGAAUCUCCCUCCUGGAGAGGGUCUGCCUAUACCUCCAGGAUUCUUUCAGCAGUUCAUGUCCCCACGCUGCACUGGCGGGCCCAGAGUUCCUCUCAGAAUACCCAAUCAGGCGGUGGGACCUGGCAACCAGCCACUCUUGAGUGGGAUGGAUCCUGCGAGACAGCCAGGUCACCCGAUCAUGAAUGGACCACUGCAGCGGAUGACGCCCCCGAGAGGAAUGGUUCCUCUUGGGCCACAGAACUUUGCCGGUGCAAUGAGGCCUCCUGUGCAUUCUAUAAUGGGAGCAGGAAUGCCUGGAAUGGGACCGGGCGGAGGGAGGCCAUGGCCGAAUCCCCCGAACACCAGCACAAUACCAUACUCAGCUUCCUCUCCAGGCAGUUACACGGGCCCAGUAGGAGCCGGCCCACCAGGCACACCUGUCAUGCCCAGUCCAGCAGAGUCAACCAACUCGGGAGACAAUAUGUACAGUGUGUUGAAUUCAGUCCCCGCAAAUGGAAACAGGCCAAACUUUCCUGUUGGUCAGUGUGCGGACGGUUCUAUGGGCGGCGUAGCGGGAAUGGAACCCCACCCACUCAACGGCUCAUUAGCAGCAUCAGGUGACAUUGACAGCCUCCCCAAGAGCUCUCCUGGGAACCUCAUCAUGAACAACCAGCCCAGCACACCAAGAGACGACGGGGAGAUGAGCAGCAACUUCCUACACCCCUUUCAGAAUGAGAGUUACUCCCCAAACAUGACGAUGAGUGUGUGAGGCUAAAAGGAAAACUAAGGAAUGACUGCACAGACCUUCGCACGGGAGAUCUACCCCCACCCCACCCCUCAGUCCCCCUGGUGUGAGGCUGGCCUGCAGGGUUCCCCUGUCCCCCACCUAGAGCAGAGACUUUUCCUGACGCUUCACCCAAGACCAAACCUGGACAACCCAUUCACUAAACAUGGAAAGCCCACCACAAGGAGAUUUUGGGGAUUACUUAUUUGUGUCCGUCUCUCCGUUGCUCAAAGGUGCGAGGCGAGAAGCAGGACAAUCUGGAGGAAUCGCUGGCAGGGUUUCAGCUAAACCACUCAUACUGUCUGUGAGUUUCUGUGACAUGAUUCAUAUGGCUUAGUGUUGCACGCUAUGUCAUGAUCCCUGGGGUGUAUUUUGCUGUGGUCUGUAGAGUUCGGGCCAACCCAUUUCUCCUAAUAACAAAACUGACUAAAAAGGCCAGUUUCUCCUACUGUAAUAUCUUAAUGCUGAGCUCUGGCUUUUCUCCAAUCAUUAGAUACAUCAGUGUUGAAUGGUUGUGCAUAUGUGGGGAUACGUCCUCUUUUUCAACUGACAUGGAUUAUACUGACAGAGAGGAAUAGCUGAUUUAAAAAAAGCUAAUUUUCCCUGUUUUAUUCAGAUUGUUGUAUACACUUCUCCACUGGUCUAGUUUUGAUUUUUUUAUUUUGAUUUACACAUUUCCUUAUACAAACAUUUUUACAUAGUACAUAUACACAGGGAUUAACAGACACCUGUAGCAAAAUCAUUGUGUGUUAUCUGGGACAAACAUUUGCUUACGUAACUUCUUGGACCAGCCUGCUGGCCCUGUUUGGUAGCAUGCAUAGUAAGUAUAAGAUGUACAAUGUGCAAGCAUGUACAAAUGUAAUAUCUGGUGUGUGUAUGUAUGGCAUUUAGGGUAAGAAGAAUUGCCUGAGUUUAUAAUAAAAGGAAUGCUGUGA